AUGCUUAAUUAAUAGAAAUAGGAGAUUAAUCUGCCUAAUUAAUAGAAGUAGAUUAUAUUCAAUCUUUAAGUCUAACCUUCCCAAUUGUUGUAGGAGAAUCGAUUUUUAGAAUCAUAAUUUAGAUUGUAUUUUUAAAAAGAUAAAUUAUGGUUGACUAGUCAAAAUUUGGAAAAUUAAACCAUACAAGCAUUCAUAAUAAAUUUUCAAAAGAUCCUUAAUGAAAUCUCGAAAAGAUAGCAGCUUUCAUAGACAAUAAAACUUUAUGAAAUGGGAAUUAAUGCCAAUUAAAUUUUCAAUAUAGAAAUGCUCCUAAAUACAAAGUCAACUUAAUUAGAAGAUGUUGCAAAAUUGUUAUAAAUUAAAUUGAUCUUCAUCAUAACUUCAUUAAAUAAGUAGUGGGAAUUUGGUGUGAUCAACAAACAAAUUUUAAAAACAGUCAUCUAAAUGAAUAGUAGUCCUCCAAAUUUCUCUUUUAUUGUUGGGUUUGGAUUAUUUAAAUAAUAAUAAUAAAUUGCGCCGAUUGUAACUACGAACUUCCAUAAACUCUUUACUCCUAAUCAUCCAAACCCAUUAUUAUUUCAGGAGUAAAGAGUCUACACACCUCAGAAUAAUGUUUAAAACAAACCAUCUUUCCAAAUUUUAUCUAAUUAAAGUUCCCCUGCUGGUUUUCCCGAUUGCAAAGACAAAAAUUAAUAAGAGGAGGAGGAUUCUGUUCUAACCACAAGUUAGAUAUCAGAAUAUCACAAAGAGAAGGAAAAACCGGUUUAAAAAAUUAAUAUGCCUAAUUCCUACUCUAUUAAAAUUACUUCAACAUAGUGUGAGAUCUGUUCUGAAAUUUAUUAGAAGACUUGUGAAAAUUAAAUAAUUUUACCAUGUUGCCAAAAAAUUGUUCAUAGAGAGUGUGUUUAAAAAGAUCUAACUUAAUCUGUGGACCUUUUUGAUAAUAAAAAAUGUUACUUUUGCUCAAAACAAUUUGCAAUGAGUUUUUUCAAAGAAAUACUUGGUUUAAGUAAAUUUCAAGAAUAAGUUAAAAAGUAAAUUAUUGAGAAAUGCGUUGAUACAUGCUUUUAAUGCAAUGCUAAAUUCCCUGUAUUGCCUAAAUAAUAAGAAAAGAUUUUUGCAAUUAUUUGCUAACAGUGUCAAAUUGAAAUUUGUUCUAGAUGCAGGAAAAAAUUUCAUGGAAUAUCAUCAGAUUGUAAAAAUAUAAGACAAGAACUUUUUAGAGUAUUUUAAGGUUAACCACUUAUAGUUUGUGAGUUUUGUGAUUUAAUACAAACCAAAGAUGAGAAAUGCGAUCAUGUGACCUGUUAUUAAUGUAAAAUGGAUCUUUGUUCUGUCUGUUCAGUGGACAGAAGACCGAUUGUAUCACAUGGAAAUCAUUUUCAUCGAAAAGGAUGCCCCCAUUAUGCUAUUGAAAAAGGAAAAGAAGAAAUGACUUAGGAAAGACUUAGGAAUUGUGAAUUAUGUAAAAGUAAUAUUAACGGUGCUUGUUCUAUUCCAAUUGAUCUUUAGACUUAUAAAAAACUAAAGGGUUAUGAUUUUUCAUGA